GAUUGAAUAUUCAGCACCUCAUUAACGCCGCAUGCGACACGCAAGCUGUUGUAGAUCCGUCGGAACGUCAGAAGGUCCUACAAGAUUUGAUGAAUGGUAAGCCGUGGACUGAAUCCGGCCAUUUUCCUCGUGUAACUUUGUGCGAUUUCGAAGUGAGAUAUCUGGCAAAUCUCAAUAGGUAA